AUGGAGUCGAACCAAGCCAAACCCGGCCUACUGUGCAACCCUGAAGCUUCUCAGAGAACCUUGUACCCAUAUGUAACCGGUACAUCUGUGGUGGCUCUGAAGUACAAAGAUGGAAUUUUGAUGGCUGCUGAUAUGGGAGGUUCUUAUGGGUCUACCCUGCGAUACAAGAGUGUGGAACGAAUGAAGCCUAUUGGAAAGCAUUCUCUUCUUGGUGCAAGUGGAGAAAUAAGUGACUUUCAAGAGCUAUUACGUUAUCUUGAUGAGCUCAUCCUAUAUGACAACAUGUGGGAUGAUGGCAACUCUUUGGGACCUAAAGAGGUCCACAACUAUUUGACCCGUGUGAUGUACAAUAGGCGUAACAAGUUCAAUCCACUGUGGAACUCUCUUGUCCUUGGUGGAGUGAAAAAAGGGCAGAAGUACCUUGGCAUGGUUAGCAUGAUAGGUGUAAAUUUUGAGGACAAUCAUGUAGCUACAGGAUUUGGAAAUCACCUUGCACGGCCUAUUCUUCGUGAUGAAUGGCAUGAGAACUUGACUUUUGAAGAGGGUGUAAAGCUACUGGAGAAAUGCAUGCGUGUCCUUCUCUAUCGUGAUCGGUCUGCUGUCAACAAGCUUCAGAUUUCCAAAAUCACUGAAGAAGGUGUAACCAUCUCUCAGCCCUACUCUUUGAAGACUUUCUGGGGUUUCUCUGCUUUCGAAAAUCCAACAUUGGGUGCUGAAGGAUCAUGGUAG